AUGCCCGGCGUCCUCCUGCAAGAUACUCCCUUCCAGACCAUCUCCAUCAAGGAGCUGCAUCCCAGCUAUGGCGCGGAGGUCAUCGGUGCCGACUUUAAGAACAUGUCCGAUGAGCAGUUCAAGGAGAUCAAAGCCGCAAUGGCCAAGUACGGCGUCCUCGUCUUCCGCAAGACAGGCAUGUCCGACGACCAGCACGUCGCCUUCAGCGCCAAGCUCGGCGAACUCGACAACGUAAAGCGCUACCUAACCGGCGGCCGCAAGCUACGCUACACGCACUUCGAGCUCUUCGACGCCGGCAACGUCGACGAGGACGGCGCGCCCAUCCACCCGGACGCCCCGCGCUCGCACUACAACAAAGGAAACGGGCUGUUCCACGUCGACUCGUCCUUCAACCCGCGCCGUGCCAGCUGGUCGCUGCUGCGCGCCGUCGUGCUCCCGCCGCCCAACACUGGCGGCGAGACCGAGUUCGCCGACAGCCGCACCGCGUGGGAUGACCUGGACGACGAUCUGAAGAAGCAGCUGCUCGAGAAGAACUACAUCGGCGCGCACACGCUGCUGCAUUCGCGCAAACAGGGCUCGCCGGAGUUCUUCAAGGACCUCGAUCCUACCUCCCAGCCCAUGACGCGCCACCGCCUCGUGCAGACCCACGAGCCCUCCGGCCGCACGAACCUCUACAUCGCCGCGCACCUGCACCAUCUGGAGACGGACGACGGAGGACCCUUGCCGGAGGCGGAAUCCAACGCGCUGGUGAAGAAACUCAUGGCUCACGUCACGCAGCCGAAGUACGUCAUGAGCGUGGACUGGCUGAACGAGGGGGAUAUGGUGGCCUGGGACAACACGUGUGUGCUUCAUAGGGCGACGGGGGGUAGCUUUGAGGGUAAGUAUGUGAGGGAUGUAAGGCGGACGACUGUGCACGAUGAUAGUUCCACGGCGUGGGGAUUGAACGCGGGUCAGGAGGCACGAGGAUUUGAUCUACAGAAAGCUAUGGGCGAUACCACGGUAUCUACAGCCACAUCUGUAUCCGCAGACGUCAAAGUAUCUGCAUAA